CGCAACUCCAUUCCUGAUGAGCGGGCUUUUUGAAAAUGGCUGAAAAUGAUAUCGGUGAUACGGAUUUUGAUCUACAUCCAAACGAUACAGCUUUAAUUUUUCCUGUGUAAAUACAGAAUGGAAAUUAACCAUUCAACUUCCACAAUAUUGAUGUCAUUCAAUAUCCCCUCAAAUGAAGAACAGUUGCUUUAAAGGUGCAUUAUUAUAUCAACCACAAGAGAAUAAGGAAAACAGAAAAAAGAUGAUGUCAACACCAGGAAUCUCUUCUGGUAUUUUGAGACUAAAGAGAAGUCAAAUGAAAGGAAAAGCUAGUGGGAAAAAAAGGAGUAGAACACUUUACAAUAAACUUAAUACCAGUCUCAAUAGUACCAAGAUUGUUCGAGAGGCUCUCAAUUUAAACAAUAGAGCUCUUUCAACAGAACAGUUAAAAAUUCAAAAUGAGAUUCAAAUUAUGAAGACAAAGUGUCAUCUUUUAAAGGAAGAAAAUGAUAAUCUUGAUUCAGAAAUUGAAAUGUUAGUUCGAGUGGCUAGCUUAACAAAUACAGAAGAAAAAUGUCAAGCUGUUAUAGAAGUAAAAGAAAAGGUUCAUGUGACUGGAUUAACCAAUUUAGUGUUGGAAACAAUGAAAGAUGUUAAUAAUGCUCUGAAAUCCUACAAAUUUCUAAGGUUUAUAUUAAAUGAUGCAGAAAAGGUGAUGGACAUCCCUACAGACAAUGUUAAUACAGAUGACGUUAAUAUUGAAGAUCACUUAUCUUAUACAGACAGAUUAGAAACAGCAUUAAAUCAUAUGAUUAAAUCAGCUGAUGAAGAGAUAAUAGAUGAUAAUGUUUGUGGUGAUACAUCUGUUGAUGAAGAAAUGAAAGCAAGUAAUAGAUUCAAUCAUAAUCCUUGUGAUGUUGGUUUACCUCAGAGAAUUCCAUGUGAUUCGAAAGACACACCAGAAAUACUUUCAGAUACUUUUCAAAAUCGAAAUCUUGUUUUUAGUGAGAUGGAAGAAGAUUAUGAGUUGAGUAAAACUGAAGAUGUUUCACCUGUUGCUAAUGCACAAGAAGCAGACGUCACUGUAGAAGAUAAAACAACCAAACAACCAUUAUCCCCACAACAACAAGUUUCAAGAUUGAAACUACAGAAGCCAUCGGAAGAUGAAGAAAUAGUUGUUGAUGAAACUAUAUAUUUAAAUACCGAUAUGGAAAUGACAGCAGUUAUUGAAGGCCCCAUAAAUUUAGAGAAUAAAAACAAUUCAAACUCCACUUUCAAGAAACCAGAAUCAAAAGCGUCGACAGAAGAUUUCCUUGUUUCACUUAGACCAAAGCAAAAAGACAAAUUUGGACCUGAAAAUUUAUUUGGAUUUGAGUUCCAGACUCCAGAUAAUAAAGUAAAAUCAAGUUUCAAACAUCCUGAUACAAAAGUUAUCUCUAAACAGGAUAAAUAUGAUAGAUUGGUGGUAGAAUCAGAGGAAGAUAUUCUGAGGGGAGAUAACUCUGAGAGUAAAACUCUUUCACGCUCAAAAAGUAGAUGUCGAUCAAAGAGUAAAAAGACAGAAGACUCUGUUGAUAUGGAGCCCAGUUUAUUCAGUGACGAGCCUUGUGAGAUAUUUAAUAUACCACUAAAACGGGAAAGUCCCCUGCCUAAACCCAGAUCAAAAACAGGAAGAUCUAAACACAAAAAAAAAACAAUAACUGUGGUAGGAAAUGAUGAACUUGAAGAAGAGGUGUCUGAACCAUGUAUAAAUGUUGAUGUUCAUUUGACAAAUAGUAAAGUAAAUACAAAAGAUAUAGAUAUAAUAGUAGGUGAAUCAAAGGAGGAUAAAAAUAAAUCACCAGUAGAAAAUAAAAGUAAAGGAAAUUCAAGGAGUAAGACAAGAUGUAGAUCUGAUAAUGUGAAGAAAGCAGAUACCACUGCAGUUACAACAGCUGUACCAAGUCCUACAGCGUGCAAUUCUAAUGUUGACAUUAUAUCUAAAGAUAACACACUUCCUGUAAGAGGAAAUACAAGAAGUAAGAAAAGUCGUAGAUCUGGAGAUGAGAAGAAAUCAGAUACUGCUACGAUUGUACCCAAUACUCCAGUUAACAAUCUUGAUACUCACUUACCUGAUGAGAAACUGUUUCCUAAACCAGUAUCGCAUGGAGAAAAAAGUAGGAGAAAGUUCUGUUUCAGUGAUGGAAAUUCUGAGGACGUUUUGGACGAGGUCAAAAAACUUUCUCUAAAAUCCAAAUCGAAAAAAUCAUCUAAUCUGAAACAUGAAUCACAUAAAUUGGUUUCUGAUAGUAGUAGUAAUGAAGAAUCACCCAUACUCGGUAAAAGAACUUCUGUAAGAUAUAGUAAUGAGGGCAUUAAAGAAAUCAUACCUACAAGGAAAAUAUCUACAAAUGGAGAUGAUGAGAUAUUGUGUAUUCCAGACUCUUGUAAAAAGUCUAAGAAAUCUAUUGAUUCACCAGCUAGAAAUGAAGAAGAUGUUGAUCAAGAUGAUAGUGACCAUCAAUUUAAAAGAUCAAGAAGAACUAAAGAACCUAUAUCUUAUAAAGAAAGACCAAUUAAUAUUAAAAUGAGAAAAGAAAUUACAGAUGGUAAAACUGUAGAAUCAUGUCGACUGAGUGAAAAAGGCUAUUCAAAUGCAAAGAUUCCUUUAGACAAUGUGACUAAUGUUCCAAGGUGAAAUUACCAACAUUUUGUUAGGCCAGUAUCUUUAGGUGGACUCUACUUCUGUGCCAUGUUAGUGCUUCUAAUUCAAGACAAUUAACUGAGAGAAAACAUUGCACUGUAUAAGUAUCUUGAAUAGUCUGUUUUGUGGAAACUAUUCCAUGUCAUUCUCUGUACCUCAUGUUCUGUGCUUGGUCGAAUUACUUACUUCAAAUAUCUUCGCAUAUAAGCGUUAUAUUACUCAGUGAGAAAGGCACCGGCUCGCCAACCAGAAGAUCUCAGGUUUGCUCUUGAAUAAAGUUGGUUAUUGUGAAAAUCUCUGUAUAAUUUAUUUUCUUAUUAUUACAAACACAUAAUUGUUUGUAGGCCUACUAUUAGCCUUUUUAAGUCACAAUCCCAUGAAAGACAUUUAUAGGAAGUCGUUAUGAGAUAUGUCAAGUGUACAUUUUAUCUAAAUAAUGGAUCAUUGCAAUGGAAUGGUCGCUAAAGUCUUGUAGAUGUUAUCCAUAGAAUUGUGUAUAAAGCAAAUAAAACAACUUUAUGAAUGUU